GGGAGAUGGCCGAUCACUGUGCAGGGGUUAGGCCGGCCGUGUGUGCGUCUUGCUUGUCUCGAAUAGAUUUAUGGUGCGGUGCAGCUAGCCAGCUCUCCGCCCGAUCGCUGCGUGGUUGGUCUCGUGCGUACGGACCCAUGUGUGCGGGGGGCCCAGACAUUAUUGCAGGAAUAGAAACCCUACCCCUAUCUUCUCUUGCAACCCAACUCUCUCUCUCUCUCUCUCUAUCUGUCUGCCCGUGGCGUGCUCCACUGAUUCUUCUUCUUCUUCUACCUCCCGGCCUCCUCCCCCUUCUUCUUUGCCUGCCUUAUUAGUAUCUCGCCUCACACCACACAGCUAGCAGACAGCCAGACACGCGCUGCUUUCUGAUCUCUCCCCGGAUCGGAGGCUCCUCCCAACAUACCACCCUGCCAGCCGCGCCGCCACGUCCACGCCGGCCGGCCACCAAGCAAGCAUGGAUAUGGUUUCGCAGUCCGAGCACCUGUGCUACGUCCGCUGCACCUACUGCAACACCGUGCUCGCGCUGCAGGUUGGGGUUCCAUGCAAGAGGCUGAUGGACACGGUGACUGUCAAGUGCGGCCACUGCAACAACCUCUCCUACCUCAGUCCACGGCCCCCCAUGGUGCAGCCGCUCUCGCCGACUGAUCACCCUUUGGGGCCAUUCCAGUGUCAGGGACCCUGCAACGACUGCAGGAGGAACCAACCGCUGCCGCUGGCUUCGCCGUCAUCAACUGAGCUAAGCCCGAGAAUGCCCUUCGUAGUCAAGCCCCCGGAGAAGAAACACCGCCUCCCAUCUGCUUAUAAUCGCUUCAUGAGGGAGGAGAUUCAGCGCAUCAAAGCUGCGAAGCCAGAUAUCCCUCACAGGGAGGCCUUCAGCAUGGCUGCCAAGAAUUGGGCAAAGUGUGACCCGCGCUGCUCGACGGCUGCCUCUACCGAAACUUCUAACAGCGCUCCUGCUGAGCCUAGAGUUGUGCCCACUCCCCAGUUAACUGAGCCACGCUUUGACCUGGAGGAUAGGGCCAAGGGGCAAGUCAUUGAGAGCUUCGACAUCUUCAAGCAUAUUGAGCGCAGCAUCUAGAGGUCGUUCGAUGCCGCUGUUGUAGCCCAGUAUCGAUCGAGUACCAUCAGCUAUAUGUAUAACCUAUCCCGUAUCGCCGUCGUCGCCUCGCAAUCAUGCAUCCCCAUCCUGUACUUUUACCCCCGUACGUGUUACUGUUGCUGUUAUUCUCGUUAUGGUUGGAUUGUACGCACCAUUUAAUUAUGAACAGCUGCUACCUAUAUAUAUAAUAUUUGCCUUCUUUUUUGUUCCUAAUA